GGGCCGGGAAGAUGGUGGUGGCCGUGGGCUGAGGGACUCGGUCGGAGGGCCGGUGGCCAAGCCAGGGCUGGUGGCUGGCGGCGCUGCAGCGCGGCUCCCUCCCCCGCCUCCAUCACUACCAGCCGGCCUCAAGGCCUAGCCGGCCGGGGCUGCGGCGAACUUCCUCCAAACGCGGCCCGUGCAUCGCCGGCCGUCCCCCGCCGCGCGCACCUCGGCCUCUGCGUCCCCUCAGGUUGAUGCGGGCACAGUAUGGAUCAGACUUGCGAACUCUCUAGAAGGAAUUGUCUGCUGUCCUUUUCUAAUCCAGUGAAUUUAGAUGCCCCCGAAGACAAGGACAGCCCUUUCGGUAAUGGUCAAUCCAAUUUUUCUGAGCCACUUAAAGGGUGUACUAUGCAGUUACCGACUGCCAGUGGAACAUCCCAAAAUGCUUAUGGACAAGAUUCUCCAUCUUGUUACAUUCCACUGCGGAGACUACAGGAUUUGGCCUCCAUGAUCAAUGUAGAGUAUUUAAGUGGGUCUGCUGAUGGAUCAGAGUCCUUUCAAGACCCUGCAAAAAGCGAUUCAAGAGCUCAGUCGCCAGUUGUUCGCACUUCCUUGAGUCCUGGUGGUCCAACAGCACUUGCUAUGAAAGAGGAUCCCUCUUGUAAUAACUCCCCCGAACUCCAGUUGAGAGUAACAGAGACGACCAAGAAUGGCUUUCUGCACUUUGAGAAUUUUACUUGUGUGGACGAUGCAGAUGUAGAUUCUGAAAUGGACCCAGAACAGCCAGUCACAGAGGAUGAGAGUAUAGAGGAGAUCUUUGAGGAGACUCAGACCAAUGCCACCUGCAAUAAUGAGCCCAAAUCAGAAACCGGUGUAGAAAUGGCUGUGAGACGUGAACAAGACAGCUCACCAGAGAGUAGACAUGGUGCAGCCAAACGGCCAUUCUUGCCUUUAGCUCCUGAAACUGAAAAACAGAAAAAUAAACAAAGAAGUGAAGUGGACGGAAGCAAUGAGAAAACAGCCCUCCUCCCAGCCCCCAUUUCACUAGGAGAUACAAACAUUACCAUAGAAGAGCAAUUUAACUCAAUAAAUUUAUCUUUUCAGGAUGAUCCAGACUCCAGUACCAGUACAUUAGGAAACAUGCUAGAAUUACCCGGAACCUCAUCAUCAUCCACUUCACAGGAAUUGCCAUUUUGUCAACCGAAGAAAAGGUCUACACCACUGAAAUAUGAAGUUGGAGAUCUCAUUUGGGCAAAAUUCAAGAGACGCCCAUGGUGGCCCUGCAGGAUUUGUGCCGAUCCAUUGAUUAAUACACACUCAAAAAUGAAAGUCGCCAAUAGGAGGCCCUAUCGAGAAUACUACGUGGAGGCUUUUGGAGAUCCUUCUGAAAAAGCCUGGGUGGCUGGAAAAGCAAUCGUCAUGUUUGAAGGCAGGCAUCAAUUUGAAGAAUUGCCUGUCCUUAGGAGAAGAGGGAAACAGAAAGAAAAAGGAUAUAGGCAUAAGGUUCCUCAGAAAAUUUUGAGCAAAUGGGAAGCCAGUGUUGGUCUUGCUGAGCAAUAUGAUGUUCCCAAAGGAUCUAAGAACCAAAAAAGUGUCACCAGUUCAAUCAAUUUGGCUAGUGAAGAAGAUAUGCUAUUUGAGGAUUGCACAAAUGACCCUGAAUCGGAACAUGACCUGUUGCUUAAUGGCUGCCUGAAGUCUCUGGCUUUUGAUUCUGAGCAUUCUGCAGAUGAAAAGGAAAAGCCCUGUGACAAGUCUCGAGCUAGAAAAAGCUCUGAUAACAUAAAAAGGACUAGUAUGAAAAAGGGCCUCCUGUCAUUUGAAGCACAUAAAGAGGAACGGAGAGGAAAAAUUCCAGAGAACCUUGGUCUAGACUUCAUCUCUGGUAGUGUGUCUGAUAAACAGGCUUCAAAUGAACUUUCCAGGAUAGCAAACAGCCUCACGGGGUCUAAAACUGCACCAGGAAAUUUCCUCCUUUCUUCGUGUGUGCAGAGCGCUGGUACGGCAGAUUUUGAGACUUCAAACUGUGAUUCUUUAUCAGGUUUGUCUGAGAGGGCUUUGAUCUCCAAGCACUGUGUAGAGAAAAAGAAACUCCAGCCAGGCCUGGUGUGCAGCUCAAAAGUACAGCUCUGCUAUAUUGGAGCUGGUGAUGAGGAAAAGCGAAGUGAUUCUAUUAGUGUAUGUACCACUUCUGAUGAUGGGAGCAGUGAUCUGGAUCCUAUAGAACACAACCCAGAAUUUGAUAACCGUGUCGUUGAGAUUACAGAUGCUUUUGAUAGGACAGAGAAUGCUUUACCCAUGCACAAAAAUGAAACAAAGUAUUCUAAAUAUCCUGCCACAAACAGAGUAAAAGAAAAACAGAAGUCCCUUAUCACUAAUUCACAUACAGAUCUCUUAAUGGAUUCUGCCAAGACAGUGGAACCUGGAACUGCUGAGAUGUCUCAGGUUGAUCUUUCUGAUCUUAAAGUCUGUACUCCUGUUCCUAAACCCCAACCGGAAUUUAGAAAUGACAGUCUUACUUCAAAAUUCAGUGCACCACCAAGCAUUUGUAGUGAUAACUCCUUGACAAAGGGUGGGGCUCUAAAUCAAACUCUGUUACCUUUAAAAAGCAGACAACCCAAGUUCCGCAGUAUAAAAUGCAAGCAUAAAGAAAACCCAGCUGAUGCAGAAUCCUCGGCUACAAAUGAGGACCUCAACUUGAAAUGCUGUUCUUCUGAUACCAAAGGCUCUCCUUUGGCCAGCAUAUCCAAAAGUGGGAAACUACUGAAUAACAUGCAUGAGAAAACCAGAGAUUCAAGUGACAUAGAGACAGCGGUGGUGAAACAUGUUCUGUCAGAGUUGAAGGAACUCUCCUACAGAUCGUUAAGUGAGGAUGCCAGCGACUCUGGAACAUCAAAGUCAUCAAAGCCAUUACUGUUUUCUUCUGCUUCUAGUCAGAAUCAUAUACCUAUUGAACCAGACUACAAAUUUAGUACAUUGCUAAUGAUGCUGAAAGACAUGCAUGAUAGUAAAACUAAGGAGCAACGGUUGAUGACUGCUCAAAAUCUGGCUUCCUACCGUACUCCAGAUCGUGGGGACUGUUCUACUAGUAGCCCUUUAGGGACAUCAAAGGUUUUGCUGUUAGGAGGUUCCACACACAAUUCUGAAAAAACUGGAGAUAGUACUCAAGACGCUGUCCGACUGAAUUCUAGUGGGGGUGACUCUGCGUUGUCUGGAGAAUUGUCUUCUUUGCCUGGCUUAGCUUCUGACAAAAGAGACCCUGCUUGUGGUAGAAGUCGCACAAACUGUAUUCCAAGGCGUAACUGUGGCCGAGCAAAGCAAUCAUCCAAAUUGAGAGAAGCAGUUUCAGCCCAGAUGGCAAAACCCCCAAUAAACCCAAAAACCUUAAAGACCCAGAGGAAAAGAAAGUUGAACCGACCUCCAGCCGUGAGCAUUGGCGCUAACCUGCUGGGAGACAAAGAAAGUGGAAGCUUAGUGAAUGGCCCAUCAAGGGGUGGGGCUGAGGAUCCUGGUAAAGAAGAGCCUCUUCAGCAGAUGGGCCAUUUAAGAAAGGAAGACGGUCAUUUUUCUGAUGUACAUUUUGAUAGCAAGGUUAAACAAUCUGACCCUGAUAAAAUUCUUGAAAAAGACCCCUCUUCUGAGAACAGGAAAGGCCCAGAGCUGGGGUCUGAAAUGAACGGUGAGAAUGAUGGACCCCAUGGUGUUAGUCAAGUGGUGCCUAAAAAGCGGUGGCAGCGAUUAAACCAAAGGCGCCCUAAACCUGGAAAACGCACUAACAGAUUUAGGGAGAAAGAAAACUCUGAGGGUGCCUUUGGAGCCUUGCUUCCUGGUGACUCUGUGCCAAAGGGGCGGGAUGACUACUUGGAACCAAGAGCUCCUCCCACAAGCAUACUUGAGGACUCAGCAGCAGAUCCCAAUCAUGUUGGCCACUCAGAUUCAGUUGGGCCACGACUAAGUGUUUGUGAUAAAUCCAGUGUUAGCAUGGGUGAUGUGGAAAAAGAGACAGGAAUUCCCAAUUUGACAGCACAGACCAAGCUCCCUGAGCCAGCUAUUCGGUCAGAGAAGAAACGUCUUAGGAAGCCAAGCAAGUGGCUUCUGGAAUAUUCAGAAGAAUAUGACCAGAUAUUUGCUCCUAAGAAAAAACAAAAGAAGGUACAGGAACAAGUGCAUAAGGUAAGUUCCCGCUGUGAAGACGAAAGCCUUCUUGCCCGAUGUCGCUCUAGUGCUCAGAACAAGCAGGUGGAUGAGAAUUCUUUGAUUUCAACUAAAGAAGAGCCUCCAGUUCUUGAAAGAGAGGCUCCAUUUUUGGAAGGGCCCUUGGCUCAGUCAGAUCUUGGAGUUGGACAUGCUGAGUUGCCACAGCUGACCUUAUCUGUUCCUGUGGCUCCAGAAGUCUCUCCGCAGCCUGCCCUUGAGUCUGAGGAAUUGCUUGUUAAGACACCAGGAAAUUAUGAAAGUAAGCGUCAAAGAAAACCAACUAAGAAACUUCUUGAGUCCAAUGAUUUAGACCCUGGAUUUAUGCCCAAGAAGGGUGAUCUUGGCCUUUCUAGAAAGUGCUUUGAAGUGGGUUCUUUGGAGAAUGGCAUCAUUGACUCACGUGCUACAUCUCAUUUGAAAGAGUAUCGUGGAGGCACAACCAAGAUAUUUGAUAAACCAAGGAAGCGAAAACGACAAAGGCAUGUUACAGCCAGAGUACACUAUAAAAAAGUGAGAAAGGACGGCUCCUCAAAAGAGGCUCCACGCUCGGAGGGAGAACUGAUGAUCCACAGGACUGCUUCCAGCCCCAAGGAGAUUCUUGAAGAUGGUGUAGAACAUGAUCCUGGGAUGUCUGCAUCCAAAAAAUUGCAGGUUGAACGCGGUGGAGGAGCAGCACUCAAGGAGAAUGUUUGUCAGAAUUGUGAAAAACUGGGUGAGCUGUUACUAUGUGAGGCUCAGUGCUGUGGGGCUUUCCACCUGGAGUGCCUUGGCCUAACUGAGAUGCCGCGAGGAAAAUUUAUCUGCAAUGAGUGUCGCACAGGAAUCCAUACCUGUUUUGUAUGUAAACAGAGUGGAGAAGAUGUGAAAAGGUGCCUUCUGCCCUUAUGUGGAAAGUUUUACCAUGAAGAAUGUGUCCAGAAAUACCCACCAACUGUCACGCAGAACAAGGGCUUCCGGUGCCCCCUGCACAUCUGUAUAACUUGCCAUGCUGCUAAUCCGGCCAAUGUAUCUGCUUCUAAAGGUCGUCUGAUGCGUUGUGUCCGAUGUCCUGUGGCCUACCAUGCUAAUGACUUUUGUCUUGCCGCUGGGUCAAAAAUCCUUGCAUCUAAUAGUAUCAUCUGCCCUAAUCACUUCACCCCUAGGCGGGGCUGCCGAAAUCAUGAGCAUGUUAAUGUCAGCUGGUGUUUUGUGUGCUCAGAAGGAGGAAGUCUUCUGUGCUGUGACUCCUGUCCUGCUGCUUUCCAUCGUGAGUGCCUAAACAUUGAUAUUCCUGAAGGAAAUUGGUAUUGCAAUGACUGUAAGGCUGGCAAAAAACCACACUAUAGGGAGAUUGUCUGGGUGAAGGUUGGUCGAUACAGGUGGUGGCCAGCUGAGAUCUGCCAUCCUCGAGCUGUACCCUCUAACAUUGAUAAAAUGAGACAUGAUGUGGGAGAGUUCCCUGUUCUCUUCUUUGGGUCUAAUGACUAUCUGUGGACUCAUCAGGCCCGAGUUUUCCCUUAUAUGGAAGGAGAUGUGAGCAGCAAGGAUAAAAUGGGAAAGGGAGUGGAUGGAACAUAUAAAAAAGCUCUUCAGGAAGCUGCAGCUAGAUUUGAAGAGUUAAAGGCCCAAAAAGAGCUAAGACAACUGCAGGAAGAUCGAAAGAAUGACAAGAAGCCACCACCUUAUAAACAUAUAAAGGUGAACCGACCUAUUGGUAGGGUACAGAUCUUCACUGCAGACUUGUCAGAAAUUCCCCGUUGCAACUGUAAAGCUACUGAUGAGAAUCCCUGUGGGAUAGAUUCAGAGUGCAUCAACCGAAUGCUGCUCUAUGAGUGCCAUCCCACAGUGUGUCCUGCUGGAGGGCGCUGUCAAAACCAGUGCUUCAGCAAGCGCCAGUAUCCAGACGUCGAAAUUUUCCGCACAUUACAGAGGGGCUGGGGUCUCCGGACAAAAACAGAUAUUAAAAAGGGUGAGUUUGUGAAUGAGUAUGUGGGUGAGCUAAUAGAUGAAGAAGAGUGCAGAGCACGAAUCCGUUAUGCACAGGAACACGAUAUCACUAAUUUCUAUAUGCUCACUCUAGAUAAAGAUCGAAUUAUUGAUGCUGGACCUAAAGGAAACUAUGCUCGGUUCAUGAACCACUGCUGCCAGCCUAACUGCGAAACACAGAAGUGGUCUGUGAACGGGGACACGCGUGUUGGUCUUUUUGCUUUGAGUGACAUUAAAGCAGGCACUGAACUUACCUUCAAUUACAACCUAGAAUGUCUUGGGAAUGGAAAAACUGUCUGCAAAUGUGGAGCCCCGAACUGCAGUGGCUUCCUGGGUGUGCGGCCAAAGAAUCAACCCAUUGUCACUGAAGAAAAGUCCAGGAAAUUCAGGAAGAAGCAGCACGGGAAGCGCAGGAGCCAGGGUGAAGUUACAAAGGAGAGAGAGGAUGAGUGUUUCAGCUGUGGGGAUGCUGGUCAGCUCGUCUCCUGCAAGAAGCCAGGCUGCCCGAAAGUUUACCAUGCUGACUGUCUCAAUCUGACCAAGCGACCAGCAGGGAAGUGGGAAUGUCCUUGGCACCAGUGUGACGUAUGUGGGAAGGAAGCAGCCUCCUUUUGUGAGAUGUGUCCCAGCUCCUUUUGCAAGCAGCAUCGAGAAGGGAUGCUUUUCAUUUCCAAGCUCGAUGGGCGUCUGUCUUGUACUGAACAUGAUCCCUGUGGGCCCAACCCUCUGGAACCAGGGGAGAUCCGUGAGUAUGUGCCGCCUCCAGGGCAACUGCCUCCCAGCCCCAGCACUCAUCUGACAGAGCAGUCAUCAGGAAUGGCUACUCAGGGACCCAAGAUGCCUGAUCAGCCACCUACUGACGCCACCCAGACGCUGCCAGUCUCCAAAAAAGCCCUGACAGGGACUUGUCAGAGGGCCCUGCUACCUGAAAGACCUGAGAGAACUGAGUCUAGCUCCCACUUUUUAGAUAGGGUUAGAGACCUUGCUGGGUCAGGGACCAAAUCCUUGGUAUCCAACCAGAGGCCACAGGACAGACCACCUGCUAAAGAAGGACCAAGACCUCAACCAUCUGACAAAGCCUCUUCAAUGACCAAGCCAAGCUCCUCACCCUCAGUCAGGUCCCUGCCACUGGAAAGACCUCUGGGAAUGAUUGACCCAAGGCUGGAUAAAUCCAUAGGUGCUGCCAGCCCAAAGUCCCAGUCAGUGGAGAAAUCCCCAGCCGCCACUGGCCUGAGACUUUCACCACCAGACAGACUGUUGACUACCAGCAGUCCCAAACCCCAGAUUUCUGAUAAGCCCCCAGACAAAUCCCAUGCCUCUUUGACCCAGAGACUUCCUCCUCCUGAGAAAGUACUAUCAGCUGUGGUCCAGUCUCUGGUAGCUAAAGAAAAAGCACUGAGGCCUGUGGACCAGAACACUCAGUCAAAGCACAGACCUGCUCUAGUGAUGGAUCUCAUAGACCUAACUCCUCGCCAAAAGGAGAGGGCUGGUUCUCCGCAUGAAGUCACACCACAGGCUGAUGAAAAGAUGCCAGUGCUGGAGUCAAGCUCAUGGCCAUCUAGCAAAGGUCUGGGGCACAUGCCACGAGCUAUGGAGAAAAGCAGCGUGUCAGAGUCCCUUCCGCCAGCUGGGAAAGCAGCAGCUCCUUCAGAACACCCUUGGCAAGCUGUUAAGUCACUCACCCAGGCCAGACUUCUUUCUCCACCUUCUGCCAAGGCUUUUUUAUAUGAAUCAGCAACUCAAGCCUCAGGAAGAGCUCCUGUGGGAGCUGAGCAGACCCCAGGACCUCCCAGCACAGCACCCAGCCUCAUUAAACAGGGAAAGCAGCUAUCUAGAGGACUUACUGCCAAGAGUGGGCAGUCCUUCAGGUCUCUUGGGAAGAUCCCAGCUUCUCUCCCCAAUGAAGAGAAGAAGUUGACAACCACAGAACAGAGUCCCUGGGGCCUGGGAAAAGCCUCACCAGGGGCAGGGCUCUGGCCCAUAGUGGCUGGACAAACACUAGCCCAAGCUUGCUGGUCUACUGGGGGCACACAGACAUUGGCACAAACUUGUUGGUCCCUUGGAAGAGGGCAAGACCCAAAACCAGAGCAAAAUACAAUUCAAGCUCUUAACCAGGCUCCUUCUAGUCGCAAAUGUGCAGAGUCAGAACAGAAAUAAUGCAGUAAAUAUCACAUAACCAGGCAAGCUGUCCCCAGGGUGCCGUUGGGGUUGGGGGGAUAAUCCUUCUUUCCUUUUCCUUCUUAAAAAACAGACAUAUGCCCAAUACUUCCACUGUUCUUCUUUCCUUAUAUCCCAACACUCAGAAUUCUCAUGGCAUUAGCCCAUGGGGACUUGUGGUUGUGUGAACCAUGUAUGGAAAUCGUCGGGCCCCGGUCAAGGAGACAGACAGACUUGAGUCUCUUUGCCCUAACUUUUACAUAUGGUCAACUUAAAAUAAAAAGUCCACUCUGGAAUCAAGCAUGGAAUUCAAUUCCACUGGUCAAGUUGGAAAGUAUAGAGGCUCACAAAGCUACUUCCCUGGCCCAGCAGUGCCCCGUUGAGAACACCUGAUAAACCUUUAGGAGGAUCUGAUGCUCAUUCAAAUCACUGGCAGUUUUCUGAGUAUUGCUGUAUGCUAGGUCAGGAGGCUAGUCAUUGUGUAAGACAGAAUUAUAUAAAGCCUGAUCCCAAUGAGCCUGACUUGCCUACUUGGGUCCCCAAGCAGAUUCAAGGACCUCUGACCAGGAAACAACAGAAAGUACUGCUAGGCCAUGGGUUUCCAGGUUUGUUCUCAAAUAUUUUUGUGUGUAUGUGUGCGUGUGUGGCCCAGAAUGUGUCUGUAUUGAAUAUGUUUCCUGGUUGGACCGUGCAUGCAUGUGCGUGCCUGCAAAGCUCUUUUCUGUAAAUGGAAGGGUGCUACAUCAAGGCCAAGACGAGCUAUUGACUGGGACUCUUUACCUGUGUAUUGCAGUCUGAAGAUUUGUUCUUGGAAGAGCAUCAGGUUAGAGGGAGCUGGUUUCUGAGAAUGUAGUAUCCCAGAAGUGGACAAAGGAAAUUGGCAAGCUUACCUUUCUUUUCUACCAAUAAUCCUUUUCUAAGAACCUACCCCAUCCGCAUUUCCUCAAACACUCAGGUGCUUUCAGAUUUCAGUCUCGGGCAGUGGACAUAGGGAAUUUCUGGCAAACUCCUAGCAAGACAUACCACCUUCAAGAAGAGUGUCAGAUACUGAUGGAAGUUUUCUCCCAGUCUCAUGCCCUCCUACCUGAAGGGAGGGAACCCUCUCCACCUCCCUGCAAAUUGUUGUGCUUUCUGUUACAGAGAGCACAUGCCUGGUCACUUAGCUCAAUGGCAAGCCAGAUCCCUUCCCCAAGACUGGAGAGACGUGUUUGGAGCAGUGUCCGAUCUAAGACAACUCCUCAUAACUGCUGAUUAUCUGUUACUGCUGCCCUGAGCUGGGGCCCAAGGGCUGGGAAUCUGUUGGUGCUACCCUGCCCUUCCAUUUCCCCAGCUCACAAACUGCCAACAGAAAGUGCUGUUUGGCUAGUUCUCUCACACUUACCCUGCCCCUUGUCCUCAGACCAUGUGUUUGUUUACCUGUCUGCUUUGCCAACUUAGUAUCUUUAGCUAAUAAAUGGCAUCUCCUAGUCAAAACAUCUGGCCUUUCUGUCCCAGUUACAGCUUUUAUACCCUCAACAGGAUUCUGUUUGCCCCAGGUUCCUCCUAAGUUCCUGUUGAGGUUAGCUCCCAUCACUUUUCAAAAGGAAAGAACAGUAGUGGUUACGGAAGCAUUUGUACUUUAUAUAAAAAUUGAGAGUAGUGUCUGCUUUUAUUUCCCCAAGUCUGUCUCUGGGGUAAAAACCCUUGAACUCAGGCAGAGGGAUGAGGCUAGGACAGGGCUGGCCCGAGUUUGGGGGCUAGUCCCUGCACCUCUCUGAGACCUCAGAAUCUCCUCUCUGAAUUACGCCUGCCUAGUUCUCCCCUUUCCUUCUCUCUUUCCACAUCAUCAGAGUAAGAAAAGCUCUGUGUUCAAAAGGAAGAGAAAACAUAAAGCAUCUUAUUUUCUUUUAAAAAAUUUUUAAACCAUGAAAAAAAUAUUUUUAAAGAAAUUCACCCAGGACAUUAAAGUUCACUAUAUUGCAUAUUUAUCAUGUGUGAGAAUGUAAGUAUAUAACUGCAGCUAGUAGGCCCCUUGCCUGAUUUCUUAGGUUGUGUGCGUAGGUUCGCUUGGUGCCAGUCCUGUGCCCUUUGCUCUCCUGCCAUCUGUAGUUGUGAUCAGAAACAGAUGUCUGCACUGCACUGUCAGAGUCUCCGUUCACUAUGUUGUGUGUUUGAUUACCGUAGCUCUGUUUCAUGAAAUAAACUGUGAAUUGGGGGGUGGGGGGUGCAGGCUAUGUAAAAAUUUUAAGUGAAGUUUAGUCUUGACUUAACUUCUCUAAAAUAGGUUUCAGUAGUUAAUUGGCUUUGACAGCUGUCUAGAAGCAUCUCACAGAACAGGAGGGAGGGAUGGGGUCAUGAUUGGCCACUUGUGUUUGUUACGAUAUUUUCAUUCACCGCCAUUCUUUGGAGCCUUCCUUCCAGACCUGCUGGGAAAACAUCUGAGCUGUGUACUUGUGGAGUGGAGGGAGUGAGGGGCAUGGGUGAGAAACAACCCUUCUAAUGACAGGCACGUUUUAUCCAGGGCCACUGAAAGAUUCUCAGGUUGUUGAGUAGGAACUAGACAUUUGAGCAGAGACCCACAGCUAACAGCAUGAGUCGUGUUAAAAUUGGGUAUUGGUUACUGUCCUUCAGUAACAAGUGCUUAGGGAGCAGGGACUUAAGUGUGAUGGUGGAAAGAGGGUGACCUUGCAGUUCUUCUGGGCUGCGUUUGAAUCCUGUAAUAACCCUUUCUUUGAGGGUGUGAAUUGGCAGCACAGAAAAUCUUAUUAGAAACUUCUGAUCAUUGGACAGGUGGUAUUUUGGCAUUGGCAUUUGGCUGAGUGCUUGAAAUUUGGAUUGCCAGAGAGUCUACCUGUGAAGACAGCACCUAGGAAGUUCUUUCCAGGGACAAGCCAAAGGCAGAAAUGCUCCUAGGUAGUGACUACACUUCUUGUUUAGUUCAAGGAGGAAAAGGGGGGAAUUGUUGAAAUUUGCAUCUUCAUUUGUUCUUCCUGUUGGAGCCAACCCAUUUUAAUAGAAGGCAGCCACCAUUUACAACCCCCCCAAAUUUUUUAGGUGUCUGCUUCCCUAAAAUUACUGAGUUUGAAAUUAUUUACAUAACUGUGUCAAUUUUUCUUAGCGAAUUCUGCAUCUUUGGUAUUUAUAUCCUCUAUCCCACAUACACAGUCUGGGCUUGAAGUGCAGUAGUAGUGAGCCUUCGUGGCUCUGCACUGUCAGAUCACUGAAGCUGAACUUUGAGACUGUAUCCCAGUGUUGUUCCUCAGCUGACAGGAAGGAUGUCUAGGUUGUCCAUGCAGGGCAAUCAGGAGAGCAUUCAAUCAGAUGGGUCUUGCCCCGGCUCCAAAAAAUUAAGUUUUCUAAAAAUUGUCAGGAUAUUGUUAUCCUCUUGGGGAUGUUGUCAUUGAAUGAAAAGAGGCCCAGUGUCCUCACCUCCUAGAUCAGAGGACAGGAACAGCAGCAGGAAUUUCCUGUUGUUAAAAUUGAGUGAUUAAUGUUAAAAGUAUCCCAAGUCAUUUAGACCUAGGUAGCUUUUGCAGGAGCUUUGAUUGGCUAUGACCAGUUUGUUUUCAGCUGAGCUUCCUAGGUCAGUGCAGUUCUAUAGUGUAAAUUGAAAUACAAAUAAUUGCUUUGUACACAAAACAAUGUAAUGAUGGUGCUAAUCUCAUGGUUUAAAUAAGCACUGCCAAGGGUUGGGGAAGUGGUGACAUGAGAAACCCGGUUCCCGUCUGGGAAGAUAAUUUAUGUAGGUUCCUUUCAGCUCUAUGAGAGAUAGGCGGCAGGCAGUGUCAUUGAUGCCUGCCAACCCAACCCUGGAGUUUUUAGUACGAUCCAGAGGUGAAGAGAUGAUCCCAAAUCCAGAUGAUGGCCACUGAGUUUCUUAGGGCUAGGGUCACCUUUGUCCCAUCCUGCCUAGGACAGUUUAGAAGAGAACUAUGGGUGUGGAGUAUCCACUACCUUCUGCUUCUCUACCUCUUCCCCUCUCGUGGCAGGAUCUCAAUUGCUUAUAAGGGCAAUGUCUCUUAAGAACAUUGGGAGAGUUUAUUUUAUUUAGACAACUACAACCUCAAAAGAGAUGUUUUCUUACCAACAUAAGCAAAACAAAAACUCUUUUGUGGUCUUUACCCUAGAGUAGCCUUCCUGUGACUUUAAGAACAUCAGACUAUGAGGGGCUCCAGGAGUUCCUCUGGGAGCUCAGCACAGCUUGACAGGUAGACACAGGGAGCAGAGCAGAGAAACCAAGGAGAGUCCUGGUGUCUCAUUCCAGGGUGGACAGAAGAGGUGGUCUCCAGGCUGUGGUGGUGCCGCCUUAUGUAUGUAGGUGAGUGUGGAAGUUGGGUGAGUACAGCACCUAGGAGCUCAUGGAAAAGCAGCUUUUUAUUUAGGUCUUGGCGAAGAAAGCUGACUAGAAAGCUCUAUUUUUUAAAUGGGGAAAAGGGUUCAGCCAAGGUCCAUCACUGUGUUCUCUCCCCCCCCCCCCCCAACAGACUGUCAGCUGGAAGUGAACCUCCUAGUGAAAAAGAGGGGAACCCUGUGCUAGGAGUCCCCAUAAACAUGUACUGUAAUUCUUUGUAUAUAGAAAAAAUUACUGUAAAGUAAAGUUUAACUUUACUCUUA